GCGGGGGUUGCUUGUGCAGAAUCGUGCAGGUUUUUUAUUUUCAUUAUUAUUAUUUUAUCUUUUUCCGGGAGGGGGAACGGGGGGCCGUAUGACAGGAAGAUGGGGAUAUGGAGAGGAGGAGGAGGAUGUGGACGAGGAGGACGACGAGGAUAGCGAGGACGACGAGGAUAGCGAGGACGACUAGGAGUCGUCAACGAGAUGGGGGGAGGAGAAGAGAUGGACAUAGGGAAAAGAGGAAGGGCAGGAGGAGGAGGACGAGUGGGAGGAGGAGGAGACAUGGAUGACGAGGAAGGGGAGGACACGAGAAAGGAAAGGAGACAAGGAGGCAUGGAAGAUGAGGAAGUACGAGGAGGAGGAGGAGACAAGGAGGAUGAGGAAGAGGAGGACGAACAGGAGGAGGACAUGUCGGAGGAGAUGAAAAGGAGAAGGGAGGAGGAUACAUGGAGGAUGAGGAAGGGGAGGAGGAGCAAGGUAAGUUCCCGCGCCCUACGGCUCACUCCUUGUUUCAACGGGACGAGCAGCCCACAACCCCCAGACGUGUGUAGGAAGUGUGGCAGUAGGUUCAGUGACCCAAAAGUCAUUCCUGGCAUUCCUUUUGACUAUCAAGACAACAGCAAGAAUUCAUGGUACUCAAAUGUGCUGGACCAGGUGUCGUGCCAUUCAUAUGGCAAUGAUGUUAUCUUUGCAUACACAGCUGUUUCUGACAUGACGGUGACAAUCAGCCUAUGCAACGCAUUCACAGAAUUUGAUACAAUCUUGGUGGUGUAUGAGAGAAAGGUCAAUUCAGACAGACAAGCACAGGCAGUCUUUGUGACCUGCAAUGAUGAUGCUUGUGAAGGGAAGAGCAUGAUUCAAGGGCUGCGAUUGCGUCGGGGAGUCACUUACUUUUUCAGGGAAAGGGAGGCAGCGGCAGCAGCUAGAGCUGCCGACAUUGCUGAUCAGGUGGCUCUCCUUCGGAUCCCGGAAGCCAAUGCUGACCGGUUCCAGGAGGAACUAGCUGCUGCUGUAGCAGCCUUGGUCCGACUGCGGACCUUGGAAAACCUUGAGUCUCGUAUGACAACACUUCAGCAGCGGAACGAAGAGCUGCAGGCUAAAAAGCCAGGAAAAACGGACGCGGACUACCAGAUCCGGAUGCUGGCUAUGAUUACCGAGGCUAAGCAACGAUCGGAUGCGGUCGCUGCUACAGCCAGGAAGAAGGCAGAGGACGCCGAACAGGCACGUCUGUUGGCAGUAGAACAACAGCGCCUGCAGGCCGAGGCAGCAGCUAAGGCUGCCGAUGAAGAAAGAAUACAGCGACGAGAGAAGAUUUUCAAGGGAGAGCGAGCCUUGCUCGCAAUGGCCGCGGACUGGCGGACUGAGGCCGAGACUGGGAAGAUGGAGGAGAGUGAAAGCAAGAUUGCUCUACUCCUCUCUCAUCUCACAGACCUCCUGGCCACGUGCGUUGCACAGCAGAAGGACAUCCAUAACCUCGACAACUCGGUGCAGCAUCACAAACGGGCGUUCGAUAGCCUUAACAGCCGUUUUCAGCAGCUGCAACAAGCAGUCGCCGCCCCCGCCGCCGGCUCCUCCAACACUUCGGACCGUCUCAAUGCCUUGGAGAUCGACAUGGGGACAGUCAAGGAUGGCAUGCAGAUACAGCACACCACCGUCCAGCAAUUGGAACAGCGGAUCUGCACUGCGGCCGCCAAUCCAAGUUCCGCAGAACAAAACCUCAAGGCAGCAUGGCACAAGCGGUUCCAAGUGGAGCCGCCGGAGAUCAAAGCCAUGGAUAAAUUGCUCAAAUUCGAGCAAGGCACGCUGCCGAGUGUCGACUGGAUCGCCGAGUACCAACGCUCGACGUCCGUCCCAGAUCUGCAGAUGGGCUUCAAGGCCAUCAAGCACUACUUCAUCUCGAGGUCGUCCCCGACGUUAAGCAACGUGUUGACUCACGUUGAUGAGACCUUGACGACGACGACAAAACUCUUUGACGCGCAGAUUAUUGUCACAAACAAGGAGGCCAAGAACCUCGGCCGUUCGUCUGCGGCAGGCCCGAGCAGGGACCAGCAUCGGCACAAGGUGGCCGUGGUCGCGGCAGCAAUGCCACCCGACCAAUCUUACAGCGAGGCCGUAUCUGCCAAUGAAGGAGACAGAUUCGCAGCCGCCCGGGAUGGUGGCCGCGCCGGCAGAGGCCGAGGACGCGGCAGAGGGAAGACGAACACCACAUUGAUCCCCGGACCCGGCGCAGCAGCUCCAGCCCCAUGCAGCAACUCUUUAUCGUCUUCAGGUGGUUCUUCACGGGAUUCGGCGCGCGAGUUCAACAUAGAGGUAUUGGACCCGCUCACGUCUGAGGAUUUCGCAUGGCUUCCUCUCCCAACCACGGGUUGCUUGCCGGGACCGCAAUGCGCAACACUCUGCGCUCAUCUUCACAAGUACUUGUCCUUCUAUGCACCACCAACUUCGCGGACGGAUCACGCAGUUGUGGUGGGGGACAUCUUGGCGUAUGUUACCACGGUGGCCCGCGAGUUUCGCACGCAGCGGUACGAUGACAACAACACACCGCUGAUGUAUGUCCGCAUCCAGGUUGGGCAAGCGUCCUGCAGCGCUUUGCUGGAUAGCGGCGCGUCUCGCAACUUCAUGAGCCAAGCCUUUAUGCAAAGGGCUGGCCUGGGCACACAAGUUCGAAGGAAGGCAAACCCGACGACGAUCAAGUUGGCGGAUGGAAAAACGCAGCAACUUCUCGACCGUUACAUCGAGGCCGUACCGGUUUAUUUUGCACCUCAUGCAUGCGAACCGGUGACGUUCGAUAUUCUCGACACGGACUUCGACAUCAUUCUGGGAAUGCCUUGGCUUGCAAGUGUGGAUCACAUGGUCAACUUCCAUAGGCGGACUCUCAGCGUUCGUGACGCCUUCGGCGCGGAAGUGGCGUGUACUAUUCCUCUACCGCACCCUUCGAUCCGGUGCCAAGUGGUGACGGCCAAAUCAUUCCAAGCGACUUGCGCUUAUGAGCAGCCCGAGGAAAUCGGCCUAUGUUUCCUACAGACCGUCGCGGUAGCCGACUCUUCACCCACGGACUUAUCUUCGGAACCCCGUGUGGUGCGGUUGCUGGACGAGUUCGCCGACAUCUUCGAGGAACCUACCGGUGUGGUGCUGGAUCGACCGAUCUCUCAUGAGAUCGUCCUUGAGGCCGGUGUUGUGCCACCGAAAGGUUGCAUCUAUCGGAUGAGCGAGGAGGAGCUAGAGGUCCUCCGCGCACAACUCAACAACUUAUUGGCCAAGGGCUGGAUCCGCCCUACCAGCUCCCCGUAUGGAGCACCAGUUCUCUUCGUACGGAAGAAGAACAAGGAUCUGCGUCUGUGUAUCGAUUACCGCAAGCUCAACACACAAACCGUCAAGAAUGCGGGGCCUCUUCCUCUUAUCGACGAUCUUCUGGAGCGGCUGGGCGGUGCCAAGUUUUUUUCCAAGUUGGACUUGAAGUCGGGGUAUCAUCAGCUUUCGAUAUGCCCGAAUGAUUGUUACAAAUCCGCAUUCAAGACGUGGUAUGGGCAUUUUGAGUGGGCGGUCAUGCCUUUUGGCCUCACCAACGCCCCGACGACCUUCCAGGCGGCGAUGACCAACGAGUUUCGUGCGAUGUUGGACCGAUUCGUGCUGGUCUACCUAGAUGACAUUCUCGUCUACAGCUGGACCUUGGAGGAUCAUCUUGGGCAUCUCCGACGUGUGUUGGAGACACUCUGCCGUGCCAAGUACAAAGCCAACCGGGAGAAGUGUGAAUUCGUCCGACAAGAGCUUGAGUACUUGGGCCAUUUUGUUACACCAGAGGGCAUCAGUCCGCUUUCGGACAAGAUUCAGGCCAUCCAGGAGUGGCCGGAGCCACGGAACGUCACGCAUAUCCGUUUGUUUCUUGGCCUUGCCGGCUACUACCAGCGCUUCAUCAAGGGCUAUUCGAAGAUCGCGGCUCAUUUGACCAAGCUUCAAUGCGAGGACCGGCCGUUCGACUUUGGUGAGGAUGCGCGGGAAUCACUUUUGGCCCUCAAGGUCGCAUUGCUCUCCGCGGAGGUCUUGCGUAUCUACGACCCGCUGUUGCCCACACACGUCACUACUGAUGCGUCCGGCUAUGGCAUUGGUGCUGUCCUCGAGCAACACGAUGGAGUGGACUGGCACCCGGUCGAGUAUUUCAGCAAGAAAGUGCCCGCUGUGCAUUCCAUUGAUGAUGCACGCAAGAAGGAACUUCUCGCCUUCGUCCACGAUCUCAAGCGGUGGCGGCACUUCCUCCUUGGUCGAAGUCAAAAUUCCGAUGGACGCUGCAAAUCCCGCAAUCACCGUCCGCACGGCGAAUUGCGACCAUUACCGGUCCCCUUGCGCCAAAGGGAAGCGAUUGCCAUGGACAUCACAGGGCCGUUCCCCAAGCACAAGACCGGUGUGGAUGGGAUUCUCACAGUGGUCGACCGACUCACCAAGUUUGCCAUGUUUUUGCCUUGUCGCUAUCAUGCCAAGGCACCGGAGUUGGCCGAGGUUUUGUACGCCGCUUGGAUUCAAACCAAGGGUUACCCCAAGGAGAUCGUCUGCGACCGUGACACUCGGUUCAUGUCCGAUUUUUGGUUGGCGCUCAUCAAGCGAUGGGGCUCAUCUCUCAAGCCCAUUUCAGCUCGCCACCCCCAGACCGGUGGACAGACGGAGAGGGCGCACCAAACCGCACAGGUUUCCCUUCGCACUCUCAUCCGUCCCGACCAGAAAGAUUGGGUUGAGUGGCUGCCGGAUGUCGAGUUGGCCUACAACUCCUCUAUCCACCCGGCUAUUGGGAUGUCGCCUUUCGAGUUUGAGCACGGCUCGCCGGUCACUUCACCAUUGGACACUAUCACUCCACGAACGGCCGAAAGCGACAACCAUCUUCUUUUUUUGCGUCGGAUGCAAGAACUUCUUGUCAAGGCACGCGACCAGAUGGCUAAGACGCAGCAGAGCAUGAGCCAGCAGGCCAAUCGCCAGCGUCUUCCUUGCCCAUUCCGCUUCGGUGACCUCGUGGUUGAUGGCUAUCGCGGUGAAGCAGGGCGGUUCUACCUCAGUAUAAGGUCAACAGACAGUAUACAAACAAUGAGCAAGGCAGAUGUGUAUGAUUCUGUGAGUGAUAUUUCAGCCCCGUCAGUGGAUGCUUCUCUUCCACAGUUCCCAACCAAAUCGGUUUUCGGAGCCUCAAUGCUUCAGACUAAAUGGGAGGAAGGUCCAGCAUUUGAUAAUCCAGAAUCCCAUGAAGACUGGCAUGACAUCACUAUCGUGGAAGUUUCAGCUUCAGAGGAUGGUCUCGGAGUCUUGUUCUGGAAUACUACAGCUUGGGGCCCUUGCAGUGCACCCUGCGGAGGUGGACGGCAGGGGCGAGCUGUGUUUUGUACUGAUGGAUCUGAAAUCAUCCCUCAUAGUUCGUGUGAGGCAGCCAGUUUGGUGAAGCCUGCAACUGAUCAAAUCUGCAAUGCCAUCGCCUGCCAAACAUAUGCCUGGUUUGAGGGAGAAUGGGGCGAAUGCAGUGUAUCCUGUGGAGGGGGAGUACAAACCAGGUCUGGUGGACAUCGUCUCCUCCGGGGGCGAGAGAGGGAGGUGGGGGAGUCGCGAUCACUGUUGGGCGCGAUCACUGUUGGGCGCGAUCGAGGUCGGGGUGAGGAGAUCCGUGAUGUCGACAACAUAAAGUUCUACAUCAGGCGGACGAAGGAAGUGGUGGAACUGGAGACGUUCCUGAUGGACCUUAACACACUCGAGGUCCAGGAAGUCGAUGAUAUCCUCAACUGCGAUAAGGGGAGCACUGCAACGGGCUGUGCGAAGAGCACGCCUGGUAGGGGGACGUUGAGGAGGGGGGUCACGAGAGACGCUAGGCGAGGAAGGAGAAGGUGUGGGAAGGCGGGAUCGGGGAGAGAAGGUCGGGAGGGGAUGGCGGGAAAGUCGGGAUCAAGGGAUCGGGAUCAGGGGAUCGGGAUUAGGGGAUCGGGAUCGGGUGAUAGGGCGGUGGGGCGCAUUGAGAUGGGAAGAUCGUGUGAUGUGGGGGGGGAACGUAGAGGUGAUCACGAGGUGGGGGGAAGAGCGGGGAAGCCGUACGGGGCGGGGUUGGGGAGUUGGGCGAAGCGGGCUGGGGGAGAGCGUGGCGGGACGCGCACAGGCGGAGGAAGGAAGGAGUGGAGCGGACGGGGUUGGAAUGGGAAGUGGGCAAAGCCGAGAUCGGGGUCGACAAAGGGGAAGGAGGUGCGCAAAGAGAAGUUGGUUGGGAUUUGGGGGACGGGGGGGGGUGGAAUCAGGAUCGUGGAGCAGCGGGGGAAAGUUGGGGUCGGGGUUGGGAGAGAAAUCGGGAGUAGGGGAAAGGUCGAGGAAGGGGAGGGAAAUCGGGAUCGGGCAGGGGGGAGGCGAAUCAGUCGAGCGCACGUGCUCGCAGGGAGAGGGGUCGAGGUCGCAGCGGAGAGGUGUGUAACAUGGCAGCGAUCCGAACCUCUGAACAAGGAUCCGGACCGUCCAGUAUCCGCUAGCACGCUCUGCGGUGUCGAGGAUAGCGCAUGGUUCAGCAGGGAAGGGCGGAGCAAUAGCGCAGGGGAGCGACAAACAAUAGGAGGGGAAGGCGCUGAAGAAGAUAGCGCAGCGGUGAUGUCAGAGUUGGCUCAAGAAGAGUAAGACAGAGCGGAAUGCUGCAGGUGAGGCAGAGCAGCGACGAGGGGGGUGAAGCUAGGCAGCCAGGCAGAGUAGCUAGAGCUGUAAGGCAGUUAGCGCACCGCGGCAUGACCGUG